GGAAGUAAAAACGUCAACCAAUUAGCAACAGUAACCAAACUUCGUCUACUACUUGCAUAUAUAAAGGGCAAACAUCUUGAUAUCAUUCACUCUUGAUUCCACUGGUUCUUACAAACUUGCGCAGAAGACAUCUUGAAGCAGACGACAAUGAAGGGACUUCACGUGCUGCUGUUCAUUUCCGUGUUCGUCGGCUGCUCGUCGGCUAUGUUUCAGACAGGAUCAGAUAACGUUAUAAGCCGACUGUCUCAUUGCUCCGCCCAUCUUUACCGAUUGGUCGAAUGUCUGCCCGACAAUGACGUCAUCGUGUACGAAGUCAGGAAAUGCGAAAACGUUCUUAGACAAACGCUGGCUUGUUUGUCGACCAGCACCGAAGAUGAUCCGUACGGUAUGGUAGAGGAUGACAGUGCUGAAGUUCAACAAGAAAACGCCCCCAUAUCGUUUGUAAAACGCGGUCUCGGCCGAUGCAUUCACAAAUGUCUAAACGGUCAAGGCAGAAUGAACUUCAUCCAGUGUAAAUCUUUGUGUCAUCGGUAAAAAGAUAAAACAUGUUUACUACAAAAUAAAAUUUUAAAAAAAUA